AUAGGAGCCCCAUCCAUAAAAUGCCCUGUGCACAUAAAUCUGGGUGCAAGAAGCACUCAAGCUCAGCAUUGUCCCUAGCCCUACCUUACGACACCAUGGUGCCUCUCCUUGUGCUCUGCCUUCUUUCGCCACUCUUAGUUGCCUCUGUGGAUCCACCCUUGAAGUGUAUACAAGGCUAUAAUGCUACCCAAGCUCCGACAGAUUGUAAAAAUGCUUCAGACGUCUGUGUGACCAUCAAGAACGAGAAUGCACUGACUGGGGUCACGUUUAGUACAACAUUCUAUACAUGUGCGAGAAAUGAUUCUUGUGCCAAUGCUUUCACCGUCACCAUAGGAGAUAAUGCAUAUCUGCGAUACACCUCAGCUUGUUGUACCACAGAUGGCUGCAAUGCAAACUUAAAAUGGGGAGUUCCUCCAGCUUCUUCGACAAAGAAUGGGCUGUUUUGCUCAACUGGAUGUUUCACUGAGACACAGGAACCCUGCAAAGGCGGAAAAGUCUCAUGCACAGAUGCGGAAAAUACUUGCAUCAGCGCAACAGGGACCUACAGCCCUAAGGAAGGUGCCAAGUUCAUCCUGAAGGGUUGUGGAACAAGAAACGUAUGUGAAUUCAAGGGCAAAAAUGUGCUCAUUAAUGGAACCAGCUACUCAGUGAACGAGGCAACCUGUGAGAAUGCGAAAUCCUCCAGCACCAACCAUAUCCUGGGGAAGAGUUCCUUCCUCCUCCUGCUACCCAGCAUCUCCAGCAUUCUCUUUAUGAAGUUUCUCUCCUGAGCUCUCUUUACAUGCCAGGCAACUUGUAGGAUCCAUGCCAUGUGCUUUUGGGCACCCGAGUAGACGAAUCUGUCAAGUUCAGUGCUCUUAAGUUUCUCAUUUAAAAAAAUCUUAAAUUCUUUUC